AUCGCCGUUUAGUGAGUAUGGAUUCAGUCGCUUUAACUAUGUCGCAUGCGUCUUCCUUGUUUCAGGUGACAAGUGAUGUAAUGGUAUGCUGAAAUGUUGGCUCGCAUACAAUGUACCAGCUAAUUUGAAAUUAACAUAGGUACAUAUGGUCCCGUUCAUCUUAAGUACGGAUCAUAUUUGUCUAUGUUGGGUCACGUGUCUUUAAGUGGUAGCGCGAUGGUCGUUAUGCCGUAAACGGGGUGUACUUGGGGCACACUAACCGAGUACCGCGAUACAUGUAGUAACACGUCACAGAUCAACCAGGCAUUUGAGUUUAAAAUAUCACCAAAUUUCUGUGUAGUAUUGAUAUACUUCGAAUCCAAAUUGUUAACAAACAUAUAAAUUUGGUGAAGUGUGCAUUUUAUUGAACUUCAUAGUAAUUUUUUUUAAUGAUUUUUCGACAUGGCUGAAAUGCGCACAAGUGGAAAUGUUGGAGAGUCGCGCUCUGAAUUAGUUUCCCAACUUUCGUUCAAGCAGAAGUCUGUAAUGAGUCGCUGGUCAGUAGCAUUGGCUGGGCUGGCCAUUGUCGUUAUCGUCGCUCUGGCCAUCGCUCUUGGCAUUGUCGCUGGGAAAGAUCCCGUCGAAGAGAAUACAUCAACUGCCCCAGCGCAACCCUGCAAACUAACGACGCCUGAUUGCUUCUCUCACAGCGGUUCGGCGACAAGGAAUUUGGAUAUAGCGAACUGUGUGCUGGAAAGUUAUCCACUAAUAGACGGUCAUAAUGACCUGCCAUAUCAAUAUUACAAAAACGUGGACAACAAAGUCUACAGCGUUGACAUGCGAGGCGAUUUACGACUGGUCUGGCCCAACUCUUCAGUCCACACCGACAUACCCAGGAUACGACAGGGCAGACUCGGAGCUCAGUUCUGGGCUUGCUAUGUGUCAUGUGACACCCAGUACAAAGACGCCGUGCGCCGUUCACUCGAGCAACUGGACACCAUUAAAAAGUUUACACACAAAUACCCGGAUGUGUUUGAAUUCGUCACUUCUGCUCAAGGUAUCCUGGAUACGUUCGCCAAGGGCAAAUUUUCAAGUCUCGUAGGGCUGGAGGGAGGUCAUUCCAUCGACAGCAGUCUUGCUAAUCUGCGCAUGUUCUACGACCUUGGUGUCAGAUACAUGACUGUUACUCAUAGCUGCAACACUCCGUGGGCAGACAACUGGACAGUUGAUCGUGAUGACAACCCAGAGCAUAACGGUCUGACAGAUUUCGGAAAGAAAGUCAUUCUCGAGAUGAAUCGGCUAGGAAUGCUGGUGGAUUUGUCCCACGUGUCCAAGAAGACGAUGAUAGAUGCCCUCUCUGUCACCACAGCCCCAGUUAUCUAUAGCCACAGCUCUGCGUUCGCAUUGUGUAACCAUUACCGCAACGUACAGGAUGAUGUGCUCCGAAUGACGAGAGACAACGGCGGAGUUGUCAUGGUGAACUUCUUUGAUCUGUACAUCAACUGUUAUCCGUCAAACCAGACGACAGCAACGCUAAACCAAGUAGCAGAUCACAUAGAUUAUAUCAAGAACCUUAUUGGAGUAGAUUACGUUGCCAUAGGAGCGGACUAUGACGGCGUCCCCACACUUCCGGUUAGACUUGAGGAUGUGUCCACCUACCCCGAUCUGUUUGCCGAGCUGGUCAGCAGAGGCUGGACGCAGGAAGAGCUGACCAAGCUGUCCGGAAAGAAUCUGAUCAGGGUCCUUACUGAAGCCGAACAGGAACGUGACCGCCUGGCUUAUCGUAACCCGUACGAGGACAUGCUUCCAAUGACUGGACUGUUUCCAAAUCAGACAGACUGCUGGUCAUAACGAUUAACGAUCUUCGAUCAAUUAUGGUGAUUUACUGAGAAUGAACUGAUAUUGAUUGACGUAACCAUUAUCUACGGAGAUUGUACUGAUGUUGGUUAACGUAACUGUGAUAUACAGAGAUUGUACUGAUGUUUGAAAAACGUAACUAUGAUCUACGGAGAUUGUACUGAUGUUGAUUAACUUAACUUUGAUCUACAGAGAUUGUACUGAUAGUGAUUAACGUUACUAUGAUCUACGGAGAUUGUACUGAUGUUGAUUAACUUAACUUUGAUCUACAGAGAUUGUACUGAUGUUGAUUAACGUAACUAUUAUCUACGGAGAUUGUACUGAUGUUAAUUAACUUAACUUUGAUCUACAGAGAUUGUACUGAUGUUGAUUAACGUAACUAUUAUCUACGGAGAUUGUACUGAUGUUGAUUAACUUAACUAUGAUCUACAGAGAUUGUACUGAUGUUAAUUAACGUAACUUUAAUCUACGGAGAUUGUACUGAUGUUAAUUAACGAAACUAUUAUCUACGGAGAUGAUACAGAGAUGAUACUGAUGUUGAUUAACGUAACUAUGGAGAUCCAAUCGCAUAUAAUUAAUUUGUAGUUGUUUUACUAUGGCUGCUAGUCCCUUUCUUUCAUUUAAGCAUGGAGUCGUUCUUAGACUGUUUUGUAGUCUACCCAAAGAUGUUUAAAAAAUAUCAUUAAAAUAUCUUUACAUAUUUGCCAUCAUUUAGUCUUGUCAUUUGAGUAGCGGUCCUGUAAAGUACAGGUUUACAUGAGAACAAGAUAACUGCAGCAAUGAUAUUGAUGUAAUAUAAGAAAAGGGCAAAGGAUUACAUUUAAAGACAAAUAAACAAACACUCCUACAUCCACCACGCCGAGGUAUUUUUCAGCACGUAUAUAAAGCUACGAUAAGGUUGAUAUGGAUAAAUAUAAGGCUGACAGCUGGUUAAUAUUGUAUAUUAUUUAAAUGUUGUAAACUUUAUUAUGGUCAAUUUCUCUAUAACUUUAAAUCGCAUGGUCUUAUGACGCAACAUGUUGAUGCUGUAAUGUUAUGCAGUUAGUGGAGUAUUGCCAGAACAAACUAAAUUGAUGUUAUAUGUACCUGUAUGUAUUGUUUUCAUUGUAUAAUCUUGAGCUUGAUAAAAUGUCCCAAAACUUUAUCCAAUUUAAGAUGUACUUGUUAACAUAGUUGUUAAAAAAUAUGUUACUGAUUAAUUUUAACUUUCCCAAAGUGUGAUGUUAUAAAGUAUAUCUAGCGAUAAUUUGACAAAUUGUUCAGACAAUGAAUCGGAGUGUGAAAGUACACUUGAUGCUUGGCCAGCUCAGGUACUUAGGAGAGGUAUGUGUGUAAUUUUGGUCUGCAGUAAUUUCUCAUUUUUACCACUAUAUUUUGAUCCUUCACUUCAUUAACUUUAAAGUGAUUUAUUAUUUCUUGAUAAUAUUCGGUUAACCUCUUUACUCGUUUUUUUUUAUUGUAAUCUUCCACACCCAUAGUAAAAUUGUGUAUCCCCAAUUUUAAUUUUGUAGGCGGGGAUGUUAUGUAUAUAGUUAUAUGGGUGUGAGGAGAUUACACAUUACAGUCUAAGGGAGAUAAUAAAACUCCAGUAUGUAUCGGAGUUAUUCCCCCUUUUGUAAAUCUCUUGUGGUAAAAGAUUAUAAUUGUUAGAAUACAGAAAGAUUUGGAACAGGAAA